UUGAACGCGGAGUGAGAUUUUUUCAAGCAAAUAUGUCCGAUAAAAAACGUAGCCUUUUAGCUAAACUGGGCCAAACAUGAUCGAAUCUUGCGUUUAAACAAUUUGCCUUCAUUUUAGUUGAAAACCUGGUUUGUUUAUGAUUCCGUAUUGUGUUUUAAGCAGGAUACAUGUAUUUUCGUAGAAUCGAAAGUGGAAUUUCCAGACGCCAUCUUAGAUAGAGAAACAGCUCGAAGGAAAUUUCAUAUUGUUCACAAGCAGUGGUUGAAGUGUGCGGUUAUGACUUGGCAUUAAAAACUUCCUUCUGCAGUAUGUAGAAGGACUGACACUCUGAGAGCCCCGUGCUGAAAUGUCAAAGUGAAACGGUACAAUUCUUGGACCUGCAGAUAUGGCAGGACCCACCUACAAUUACGGGGCACCUAGCUCUGUAAACUUGUUUCCAGGUGCCAGUUUGGUCAAUCAUGGUGAAUUGUCAAUUACUUAUGCAUGUGCAGAUGCUGCACGGAAUGAAACUCUGGUAAACACCAUUCGAGAUGAACUUCAUAGCUUUGGUAAGGAUCUUCUUACAGAAGUUCAAGUGAGACAACGAAAUGAAGAUAAACAAUCAGGACCCACAAGUUCAAAAAAAGACAAAGAUUGUGAGGGAACAGAAAUUAUUUCAACAUUACUACGAACAAGCAGUAAAGGGAUGGACUAUGAAGAUUUGGAUAGAGAAGUAAAACUUGUUUUGAGUGAACAACAACCUUGUUUUAAAUCUUUUCAAGAAUUCACAAAUUUGUCUUUGUAUGACUUUUUAAUGUACAAAUCUGAUACAUUUGAAUUAAAAAGACUUCCAAAAGGCUGCAGACGUGUAAAAUUGCGUAACAAAGGAAUGGCAAAACAUACUUUGCACAAGGCAGAAAGCGGCAUUCUAACAUCAAAGUGUACCAAUAUGGAUCUUGGAUUAAGAAUGGAUUCUUCAACAAUUAUAAAAGAGAAAUCUGCAGAUAGAAAGGAACAUAAUGAUCAAGGCAUACAGGUGCUGACAAACCCCACCACUUCAGCACAAACUCAUGAAACGCGAAAUGCGCCAAAUGAAAGUAUUGUUACGAACGUCAAAGACGUAACACAAAAUAAACAGGUGCUGACAAACCCCACCACUUCAGCACUAACUAAUGAAACGCAAAAUGAUAGUAUUGUUAUGAGCGUCAAAGACGUAACACAAAAAGAACAAAUCAAAAUUGAUAUUCCAGUAUGUGAUGUUAAAAACUCCGAUUAUGAACAUCAGGACAAUGGUGAGAAAAAUAUUCCAGAAGUUGAGGAAUUUUUAAAAGAUGUCAAUAAUUUUUCAAGGGGAAGUUUUGUUUUAAUGGCUGGCGAUAUCCCUUAUACCAUUGAUUUAGACAGUAUCGGUUUGGUACCGUGGGUUGCAGUGUUAGACUUUGAUCCGUUAAGCAAGGAAAAAGGCUUACUGAAUAUUGUUCAGCCGGUUAUUAGUUCAAAUCGUAGCCUUAAAGUUACUCAACUCGGAGAGAUUGUUGAUAAUCUAGCAGAAACAGCUACACGAUGGUUUCUAUUUAGUGACAAGCAGGACAGUAUUUUGUCAAAAUCGCUUGGCGAAGAAACAGUGACUGUAGAUGCCAAUGGCUGGUUUAGGAAACAUAAAGAAUGGAUCAAAGACCCACUGCGCAAGAUUGAAAAGUUUGCAAAUGAUCUUAGAACUAUUACGGUGAUUUUGCUUUGGCCUCAAAAUAUUGAACUAGGAAAACGGAUGAUUAGAGUCUUGAAUAGCCUUAAUGAUGAGUUGGGUUCCACACCAAGGUUAAUGGUUUGUAUUCAAAGUGACGCACUCGAAGAAGUACCAGUGUCAUUUGACUAUUUAAAAGAAAUAUUUCAAACAAAUUUAAAGACUUACAAAUUAGAUAUGAGAUAUCUGUGUUCCGCUUUACAAAGAACAUUGAUUGGCACAACUCCAAAAGACUCUUUCAGACUACCAAAUGGAAAAGACACAGAUGAAUGUAACAUUUCUCCAAUGGAUGCAGCAUGGCUUUCAGAAGAUCUUGAUGUUUUAUAUAUGAAUAAGCCAUUUAAAAACGAAACCACCAAAGAUGAUCAGGUGAUUGCACACAUUGAAGAGUUUUAUAAAGGCGGGACAUUAGAAUGUCCAUUUUGGUAUUAUGAGCUGGUUCGUGAAGCUGUUGUGCAAAGAGACAUCCAGAAGGAUAUUGAAGGUAAACUUAAACAACGCCUUAACAAGACAACAAAACCUUCACAUCUGACAUUGUACCAUGCUCCUGGAUCUGGAGGAUCAACGAUGGCACGAUCAAUUUUGUGGAAUUUGCAUUCAGAAUUCAUUUGUGUAAAAAUCAAAUUGAACCCUGCAUUUGCACAGAAAGAGUUCGAGAAACGAAUUGAAUUUUUGCACGCAAAGUCUGACCUGCCAGUCCUGCUGCUUGUAGAUGCAGAAGUAAAGAUGUCUUCUUUGAUCAAACGAUUACCAAACACUGUUAUCUUUUUUGUUCAACGAUUAUUGUAUGAUGAGACGCCAAUUGAUGAUACUGAUAUUGUUUUCUUAGCCGGCAAAAUUACACCAAAAGAAGCACAAGUAUUGUGUUUGAAGCUUGAACCAAAUUGCCGGAAUGAAAAACAGCGGAGACGCCUAAGACAGUUAAGAGAAAAAGUCAAGACAGGACACAAGCGCCUUUUGUAUGAGUUUGGUAUGACUGUGUACCAACAUGAAUUUAAAGGAAUUGUGUCAUUCGUGAAAGGACAUUUGAGACUCGGACAAGACAAUGUACUUUCUCUUCUACCAGAGCAGAUUUGCGUUGGCUUUUUGGCACUUACAGAUUAUUAUGGCCACACAAGCGUACCAUGCCAUUUUUUUGCAGAAUUGUUAGGACAAAGAUGUGAGUGCAUACAAGGCAUGGAAGAUCUUCCAGCAAUUAUUAGAGAACUAGUUGUAGAAGAUGAAACAACAAGAAAAGACAAUGUUCGCAUUCGUCACUGGUUGGUAUCGAAAGAAAUUCUAGAACAAAUUCUUUCUAGACAGCUUCCAGUGGCUCAUCAUACUGUAAGAAGUAGCGAUCUCAGUAGUCCUGCAUGCCAGCAAUUAAUGACUUUGGCAAGAGAUUUCGUUGUUUAUUCUUCACAACAAAACAACUUGCGAUCAUCUUGUCUACGGUCUAUCUUAGUAAAAACUUUCAUUAUCAGAGAAAAACUUUGCCGCACGGAAAACGGGAAGAGAAAAAAAUCGAUUGUAUCAAGGCUUUUAACAGAUAUACCUGGAGACCCACCCCUUUUCACAGAGCGCUGUAUGAUUUUACAACUACUUGUAGAAAAAUUUGAUCGCAACCCAAGUUUUCACGCUCAUCUGGGUAGAUUUUAUGCAUAUUGUAGAAACGAAUAUGAACAGUCGGAAAUUUGCUUCAGAAAAGCACUGGAGAUAUGUGAUGAGUUGACAAAUUGUACCGAAACCCAGGUUGAAGACAUUAUUCGUUUAGAAAUUAUGCAUAUCUACCAUAUGUAUGCUACAUACCAAUCCAGAAGUUUGAAAAAGGAUCUUAAAACAAUGACGGUCGAACAAGUUAUUGGAUGCGCAUCUGAAGCAUGCAAAUAUUUUGAAAAAAGUAGAAACAUUGCACCAAAGAGUCACAUCUUGGAAACAUUCCAUUAUACGGAUGAGGUAAAGGUGCGACUUUUGGCAUGUGAAGUAGUUCAACAAAUGCAAGUAAACAAUCUAGAUUUUAGAAAAGUAAACAUGGAUAAGGAAGUUAACUUUUUGGCUUAUUGUGUUGAAAUCAUUCCAUUAUUAAUAAGAAAAUGUGCCCAUGGAGAAAUGCUGCAACCAGACGUUGUUAGUAUCCUCACCUCACAAGAACAAAAAUACAAUACAAUUUUCGGCGAUCAUCAAAUUGAUUUGAUUCAGAGGCUAUCACAAUUAGGCUCCAUAAGCAAACGACGGCUUCAAAUACUAUCAAAGUCAAGGAGUACAAUGGGUGCUAACAAACAGGAUAUAAUUGAAAUUGUGCAUUUGUAUGAAGACAACUUUCGGGAAAUGUCAAUACGACGAAACAAAAUUUCAUAUGCUGAUAAGGACCAAAUUAACUUUGACUUUUUGGAGUGGUUAAAUGCAAUUCGCAGCGAGGUGUUUGAGUUUACUUUAGAAGAGGUUUUGUUGAAAGUCAAGUUGUGGAAGCAACUCACUGCAUCCAACAUAUCUCGGUUCUAUAUCUUUGUUUGCUACAGCCUUCUCGGGUUUGGAACAGACACUGGUCUUGUAAGAAGUGACUGUAUUGACAAAGCUUUCGUUGAAAGAUCAGAAAUACUGAAAAACAAUGACCAAGGUGGUAUGAAUGUAUACAGGUGCGAGUGGCUAGUAGAAACAGGUCACGGAAUAAAGCGGCUGACACCAGACUUUAGUUUCAAUCCAAGGGAAUUUUUCUCGUUACCUGGUCGAAAUCAUGAAAGAAGUUUAUACGUAUGUACAGGGAAAAUAGCUUCUCCCAAUUCCAACAAAUGGUUUGGGAAAAUACUGCUUAACUUGGAUAUCAAUAAGAAUGUGUCUGCUCGUUUUGUGCCGCAUGUUAAUGACCUUGAAGGAAGAAAAUUUGAAGGGCAAAGUGUAGAAUUCAAUUUAUUGUUCACAAUGAAAAAUGGAUACGAAGCCCACAACGUUAAACUGAUGAGCAGUCAUCAAUGUUUUAAGUGUAGAAGGUCACUAGAAUUUACAAGCAAGCAGGAUGGGGCACAUUGCCCCUGUGGCAAUUACGUCGAUAAAAAUGAACUGAAUUGGUCCGGAGGACGAUGGGUUUACUGAUUUGGUAUGACUGCAAAAACAAUAAACACAACACAUAUUUUUCUUUGUGGAAUAAUUAUCAAAUGAUAAAUGGUUAUAACCCCAAAAUCAUUAAUGAAAAUGAUAACACAGUGUCAAAGCUCAUAUGUCACAUUUAGAGGACAAUGGUAAAAUGUGGGUGUUCAUCACACAAUUGUCAAAUAACUGACAACCAAUGUUCACCAUGUGGAGACACCGUUUCGUCUACAUAUGGAACACUUAAGAGGUCAAAUUCGGGAAGGAUGCCAUAUCCGCACAUUAACUUGGUAUAAUUGAUCAAACAAUUGUGCAAGAAAAAGACGAGCAUCCAUUUAUACCCGUUUAUACCAAGUAGCUAGGUUCUAUGUUUGGCAUUUUUAAUUCAAUUAUAGAGUUGCAACUAAAUGAAAUUGAUUUAAAUGGUGGAGUCAACAUACAGAUAUAGACUUGUCCCUCUGUGUUCACUUCUUUUUUUCUUGAUUGGAAGCUUAUGUAUGUGAAUUCAUACAUUGUGUACAUUAAUUAUUCCCCAAAGUUAAAUUGGGAUCAUUGUUCAUUGUGUAAUAAAGAGGUUUGAUUUGUCGCGAGUCGAAUUUUUGAGUGAAAAUCAGAUUGCUGGGUUAGAAUGGCUAGGUUGGCAGUUAAUGUGCAUUUAGCAAAGUCUGUUAGUAUACUUUUAUCAAGAUUAAUGGGAGAUUUCAGUUAGUCUACUUGCGACAGUAUAAAUAAUGAUAUUUUUUAUCAUUGUGGCUUCAUUAGUUAUUAGAUUUGAGUGAACAUGUGUUACUGUAUUUUGUUUACGAGAUUUCUUAUUUCCCUAUUUUCUCCUUUUUUAAAGUGGGCUUAAAACUAGAAUUUGUUUGGUGAUCUGCACAAACAUGUAUAUCCAAAAUAUCAUUUACAUAUAUGCAUUUUUGUUAAGCCAGGACAGAUGUUACAUUAUGUCGAAAUCCAACAAGUUUUUUUUGUUUAAUGUGGGUUGUUUUAGUUCUAACUUUUUGUAAAUCCAUUUGUUUUUCCUGUCUUUAACAUUAUAUGUUUUGCAUUUUCAUUUUUCAAGAUGAGAUGACUCUUUGGUUAAUUUCUGGAUAAUUCAGCAUGUUUUUUUUUCAUUUAUCAAAUCGUUUGAAACCUUCAGGUUUGUGUGUUAGUGUAAGUGAUAUGUACAAUAGCUUUCAAACCAAACGUUUCGAUGUUAUUUUAUUUUUUAAGCGUGUAUUGUGGUAUAGACUAAUAUUAAAAAGCGUGGGAUUAUCUCCUCCAUCUGUCUGUCCGUCCGUCCUGGCCACUAUCUCCUCCUACACUAUUAGCAUUCGAACCUUGAAACUUACACACAUGGUAACUAUGAGCAUAUGUGCGACCGUGCAAUAUUUGGAAUUUUGAUCCUAACCCUUGAUCAAAAGUUAUGGGGGUUGGGGUGGGGCCGGGUCAGAGAUUUUCACUCAUUUUUUAUGUUAUUUUACAUUAACUUCUUCAUUUCUACACCGAUUUACUUCAAAGUGAUACUGACCAUCUCUUAUGACAAUACGGUCAAUCUCAACUUUGCAUGGCCCCAUUACCAACACUGGGGCGGCCCUGGGUCAAACAUGCGCCGUGGGGAUACGCGUCGGCCUCUGCCGCGCCAUUUCUAGUGGACUGGUAUGCUUUUGACAAUUGUAUUGUAUUAUAUUAUGUCUUCAUUAUAUAUUUCAUAAAGAUAAAUUAUAUCUUUAAAAGUAAAACUAUAAACGUUUAAAAAGUUAGACUGGUUUCCUUAGUUCCAUGAAUUGUUUUAAAUAAUGUAUUGCACAAGUCUAACGUUAUCGCAAAUGUCCCUUCCUUUGAUGAAUCUACUUUUAUUUGUACUGAUAAUAUGAUUUAAGAGAGGUUUUAUGCGAUGCGAUUUGCAAUAGUUUUAUAGCUAUUUUGUAACCAACGUUUUAAAGGCCUCCAGGGUGACAUUUCAGGUCCUAGGGAGUAAUUAUGCUUUGUUUUAUGCAAUCCUCUUAGGCUAUUAAUGUAUGUUAUAAAAAGAGCUAACAGCAUAUAGCUUAAUAUCUGUCUAAAAUAUUUUAUUUAAAAAAUGCAAAGAAGCCUUCUUGGGUGGUAUUCCAGAAACAUCUUAAGUCAUUUCUGAAAUAAUUUCACUUAAAUUCAAAAUUACAAUGUUUUAUAUUUCUUUACUAAAUAUGGAAACACGUGUUUUUUGGUAUUCAUAAAAUAACAUUGGCAUAAUGAUGUUAUUUAAAUGUAUAUCUUGAUGCCAAUAUAUUGCAAUAUGAAAUGAAACACUUAAGAAAAUUUCCCAAUUUAAUGAUAAGAAUAAAAUUUAACUUAUGAUGCUUCUGGAAUACGACCCCUGAUCAUGGAUGUUUAUGUCCCCCACCACAUAUUGUUUUUGCCUUGUCUGUUGGUCUGUUGGUCCGUUGGUCUGUUUGUUUGCCCCAACUUUAACAUUUUGCCAUAACUUUUGCAAUAUCGAAGAUAGCAACUUCAUAUGUGGCAUGCAUGUGAAUCUCAUGGAGCUGCACAUUUUGAGUAGUGAAAGGUCAAGGUCAUCCUUCAAGGUCAAAGGUCAAAAAAAAAUUCAAAGCGGCGCAGAAGGGGACAUAGUGUUUCUGACAAACACAUUUCUUGUUUUAAUAGUUUAUGUCUGGCAAUGCCUUAUCGCAUUUAUACUUUAUUAGAUACUUUUGUUCAUUUUGAGUUUGUUUUGAUCUUAUAUUAUGACUUAUCAUGGUAUAGAAUCAUUCAGAAUUGUUUAUAUUGAUAUUGUUUCUUUGCAAAAAAAAUCUGUCAAAGUUUGCAGUAUGAUUUGUAUAAAUUAUGUAUAUUUCGUUUAUUUGUUAUCACUGUGGCUUUAUUCGUUAUUAGAUUUUAGUGUAAAUAUGUUGCUGUAUUUUGUUUAAGAGUUUUCUUAGCAUUUGUUUGGUGAUAUACACAUAUUUCCAAAACAUCAUUUCAAUUCAAAAUUUCAAUUUAAAUACACAUAAAGUGAUUACUUGUUUCACAAACUUUUUUCAAUAUUUAAGAUAAGAUGGCACUUUGGUUAAUACCUUGUGCGUUAGUGUGAGUGAUGUAUACAAUAGCUUUCAAACAUUUGUGUGUUUCUUUUAUUUCAUCAUUUUUUAAAAAUAAUUUAUUGCAAAAGUCUUUCAUUUUUGAAAAUGUACCUUCCUUUGAUGAAUCUGCCUUGAUUUUUACGGAUAAUAUUAUCUAAGAAAGGUUUCCAAUGGGUUUAAAAGAUAUUUUUUAAUCAACAUUUAAAAGUGAAAAACUGGCCUCCAUGGUAUCUUUUCCGGUCCAUUGGAGUUAUUAUGCUUUGUUUUUGCGAUUCAGUUUGGUUAUUGAUGCCUAAUAUUAUACAAGAGCUACCAACAUUAUGCUUAAUAAUAUUAUCUGUAUAUGUUUUAUUAAUAAAUUGAGAGAUGCAUCUGAAAAUUGACUUAUUAACAUUGUGUAUGUCUAGCAAUACCUUAGCGAAUUUAUACCAUUUUAUAUAUUUUUGUUCUUUUUGCGUUUAUUAUGGACUUAUAUUAUUGCAUAUGUUAGUAUAGAAUCGUUCAUAAUUGUUAAGAGCAAUAAUAAUUUCCUUUUUGAAAGAUUUUUUAUGAACGUUUGCAGUAUGAUUUUAUAUGUCUGUUUAAUCUUGUAAUACUGUAUUAUUAUUAUUAUCAGUUGUUGUAACAUUUUAGCUUCUGCUUGCCUUUUUUAGAUUUGCAUAAUACUUGGUGUUCUUUUAAGAACCUACAACCGAUUGUCUUUUUAUAGCUUGUAGCAGUAUUCCUUACAUAAUAUUUUCAAUUUUUCAUUUAGAGUAUUUGAUUCACUUUUUGAUUCACACAGUUAAAUGCAAUUUUCUAAAUCAUUACUGUUUACUAGCCAUUGUUGUUCUAAUUCAAGUCAAUGAAAUGCACUUUGUAAACUUUUUUAGCUCGACUAUUAUAUAUGAAAUAUAUAUAGUGGAGCUAUCCUACUCACCCCUGCGUCGGCGUUCCCGUUAGCGUUAGCGUGCACAUGUUAAAGUUUGCGUACUACCCCAAAUAUUUCCUAUGUCUCUUGACACAUUGCUUUCAUAUUUUGCAUACUUGUUUACGAACAUGACCCCAACCUAUAAACAAGAGCAGACAACUGUAUCAAGCAUUUUGCAAGAAUUAUGGCCCUUUUUUCACAUAGAAUAUGCAUAUUAUUGAUAAAUCUAUGUUAAAGUUUGGGUACCAUCUCAAAUAUUUCCUAUGUCCUUUAACAUAUUGCUUUCAUAUUUUGCAUACUUCUUUAGCAACAUGACCUUAAUCUAUAAACAAGAGCAGACAACUGUAUCAAGCAGUUUUACAGAACUAUGACCCCUUGUAUACUUAGAUAAUUGAACAUUUGGUUAAGUUUUGUGUUUUGGUCCAUUUGACUCCUAAAGUAUCAUAGCUAUUGCUUUUUAGACUUGGGAAACUCGCUAACUAUCGGAAGGGGACUGUACAGGGCAAGUUGCAUAACUCUGGUUGGCUUUUUAACGGAAUUAUGGCCCUUUUUUAUCUUUGUAACUUUGAAUAUUUUGUUAAAUUUUGUGUUAAGAUCCACUUUACUUCUAAAGUAUCAAGGCUAUUGCUUUCAAACUUCAAAUACUUUCAUGAUGCUACUGUACCUGGCAAGUUGAGUUUGAUCUUGACCUUUGAAUGACCUUGACUCUCAAGGUCAAAUUAAUAAAUUUUGCGUAAAUCGCCAUAACUUCUUUAUUUAUGAUCACAUUUGAUUCAUACUUUGACAAAUCAACACUUACCUGACAUACCACAAUGGACUAAACCCAAACCAUCCCACACGCCCCACCCAAGAAUCCCCCCCCCCAAAAAAAAAACAAUUCUUUUUUUUUCUUUUUUUUGAAAGAUCAUCUAUUAAAUGACCACACACCCACAUUAUACCCCCCUCUCCAUGAUGGCUUACGUUAUACUGUCAAGCACUGGAAUAGUCGAGCGCGCUGUCCUCUGACAGCUCUUGUUAUGUGGAUCUUUUAAACGCAAUUUAUCAUAGAUAAUUUUGUUAUAUCAUUUUGUAUAGUUUUCGUUACAUUUUUUUAUUUAUAUCUUAUGAACCGUUCCAUUAUCUAAAUUAUGGUUUAAAACAAUGUUAAAAUCCCCUCCAAAAAUAGUGAAUGAUCAUAAACAUGUGUAUAUGCCUACCAAAUGUAUUACAAAAUCAGUAUUAUCUGUGUAAGGACUAUAAAUAUUAAACUUACCGGUAAUUAGUUUUUCUUAUAUUUCUAUUUUCAAUUUUUGAUGCUUACACAAACUAAUUUUCUGAUAUUAUACCAUAUUUUUAUUAAACUCUGAAUAUUUCUUUAUAAAAAUACCAACACCUAGAGAGAAAGAACAAGUGCUGCUUAAGAAAAGGUUUCCUCUCCAUUGCCUAUCCCACGUCAUGUUAUCUACAUCUGCGCGAGAGUGUUCUUCCUGAAUAAAGCUCAUAUUGAAUUUGUUUUCCUUAGGCCGUUGUAACAUAAUAGUAUGAUUUGUUGCUCAUGACACUAAUCUCGUUGUCUCUAUCUUGUUUGCCUAUGUGUUUUUCUGUCACAAGGACCAAUGAUUGAUGUCAAUGUUGGCUUUGGAUAGGUUCAGGUCACUGUAAGCGUUUUAUGUUUGUAUAACCUAUUUAAUGGUAUGCUUCAGUUUUCUCUUUCCUUCGAAAUGUAUGUUUUUGUCUGCUGUAAUGUUCUGAUUUACUUAUCUGAAGAUCUUAUAUUAGCAGAUUCUUGACAUUUCAUUUCUUACGACGCUCACCAUCGACCUUUUGUAAGUGUAACUACUUAAAUUGUGUGCUUGUCUUGGCGUUUUCUGCAUCCUUUUCAAAGAGCACUCCGGCCUUCAUCAUCAUGCCCUUUGUAUCUUGUUUCAUUUGUGCAUAGCUGUUUAUUAUCCCCCGCCAUAGGCGGAGGGAUAUUGUUUUGGUGUUGUUCGUCCGUCCGUCCUUCCGUCUUUCCGUCCGUCCGUCCGGAACUUUUGUGUCCGGAGUCAUAUCUUAGAAGUGCUUUGGCGGAUUCCAUUGAAACUUGGUAUGAGUAUAUAUAUGAAUAGAGGAUGAUGCACGCCAAAUUGCAUUGUACACCAUCUGUUAAUAACGGAGUUAUGGCCCUUUGUAUCUUAAAAAAAUGCUUUUUUAGUGUCAAAUAUAACUUUUUUGUGUCCAGAAGCAUAUUGGCGGGGUAUAUCAAUUCAAUGAAUUUGCUUGUUAGAAAUGUUUUGCAUGUUGUAGAUUUCCUCUUUAUUAAGAAUGUAUACGUUCUUUUAUGGUUUAUCAAUCUUAUACUUCUAUGCAGUUCGACCAACACCUGUGACACUAUUUUGUUUUAAUUUAUAGUUGAACAAAUCCUUCGUGUGAUAAAUACACAGUACGUCCCGUGGAUUAUUCGUAUAUAUGUGCAAAAUGGAGUCACCUAUUCCUUAUGGCUAUUGUAUUCCAUCUUGCUUUUGAUGUUUUUUCAUCAAUACAACUUCACGAUUAUAGAGGAAAUGUAAGUUAAAUGUUUACUGGUUGGUUAUGUCCAUAUGUCAAAUAUUGUCUGUCUCAUAUUAUAUACUUUUACAAAUUGAUCAGUUGCUCAUUCGAUUUUGGCCCGAGCGGAAGAAGCAGAGCGAAAAAAGAUGCUAUAUACUUUAAAAAUUUCUGCCAAACCAUUUGCCGUUUUAAACUGAAACCAUUUGGUGACAUUUCAUAGUAAGAACUAGUGGCCGCUAAGAGAUAAAAAUCUUCCAAAAUAUUUACAACAUAAAAAGUAAGGGAAAAUGACAUCUUUGUUGACAUGACCAAACAGCUAAAUGCUUCAUUAUAGAAUAGCUGUAUGGUGCACAAAUAGUGGCUGCAUAGGAAAUGGGACACUUCAGGCAAAGUAUUGUUUUUAUUUCACUUACCUUUUUUUAAUUGAAGCAGAAAAUCAGACGAACAUCUGAUCAAUUUGUUGUUGCCUUAUUUAUUAUGAUAAAAUGUAUUUUGUUAAUUUGUCAAUGCAUGAAUAAAAUAUUGAACAAUAAAAAAAUAUCUUGCAUUCCAUUAAAUUCAUUUAAUUAACAGACAGACAAACAUACAUUUUAUUCAGACUAAUACAACAGUAUAUGGUCUUCAUACUUAAAUUUACUUGAGGCAUGCGCUAUUUUCAAGCAAAGAUUUGGAGUGUUAGAUAAAUAUCGUUUCACAUGAAUUAUACAUUUUAUGAGUUUCUGUUUACACAUAAUGCAGUUUUACAAAAGUUAUACAUUUUAUAAAGUUCUGUUAACACGAAAUGCAGUUAUACAAAAGUUAUUUAAAUAUUAGAAAAUCAUGAAUUUGUGUUGUAGUAUUGGAAUGAAAUUUCACAGCAUUGCACAUUUCAUAGUUCAGUUAUAUUUUUAGAUGACAUUCACAAUUAUGGUUUUAAUAAAAGUCUUCUGUAUAAAUGUUGUUUCAUGUUUAUUUCUGUGUUGUAUGCUUUACAAUUCUUAAUUGGUAUCUUAUAUACCAUAUACACGCUAUUGUGAAAUGACAUAAAACA